AUGUGUAAAGCAGAGCGGGCAAGCUCGGCCAAAAAACGAGCAAAUAUGGCUGCGCAGGCAAUACAGCAGGAUAUGGACAACACGGAGACCGAGCAUGCACGGCUGCCUCCAGAACUCACUGGACCGGGUUGGAAAGCACGAGGAGAUCGAACACCGAUAGACAAGCGAGUCCCGUUCAAUCGACCAACAGCGAAACAGAUUUUCGAUGCGCUUCCAUUUGUUCGACGAUAUUUCUUUUACUGGAUGAGAUACACAUUUGACAAAGAGAAACUGUUUAUCAAUACAUUUCAACCGUUGAGGCAUAAACCAUUUUACGGUGAGUUGAUCAAGUUCUCCUUUCCUUUCACACUUUGUUGGUAA